GUUGUUAUGUUAAGAUCGCGAUCGGAUCGACAAAAAAAAAACAAAACACAACAGGUGUCCGGAAACCUUCGCGUGUCAUUGCUACGAAUACGAACGAUGAUGAAAACAAGCGGGAGCCCUAGUCAGAAGAUAAAGUGUUGAUAGUCGGUAUUUGUGUUUCGACAGUUGGAAUUUAAGAUGUUAGAGAAAUUCUUUUGCUCGUUAAGUGUGGCAGUCAGCAGAGCACCAAGAGUAAACGCUAAACACUGUCAGCGGUAGCAGCAGCAGCAUAACGACGUCGACUUCCUCUGCUUACAAGCCAGCCACCGUCCAUUAUUUCAGCAUCAUCAUCAUCACCACCGUCUUCAUCAGCAUAACGACUGCCGUUCACAACAAACCUUUCGAUUGUUUUCAUUCCGUUCGCGCGUGAAAAAACCUUUCUCCAGCUGUCUUCUUGUCUUUCGAUUAAGACGAUUCGAAGUGGCGAGCAUAGUUUGUGGCCAAAAGUGUUAAAGAGCGUUUAUUAAUUCCGUUUGAGAUCUUCGUAAGAGUAAACGUGUCGUUGGGAGAAGUGACCCUCGAAUUUGGAGAUUUUUAUUAAAUUCUUUUAGAAGAAAAUUAAGAAACAGUAUGCAUUUUCUGCGCCUGCGUUUCGUACUUCACAUAGGUGUGCUUCUGCUGCUACUGACAAAGUUCAAGCUCAGCUCGACAUUCGGUCACAAGUUCAGACUCAUGAAGAACAGCUUUCGUUAUAUCCAAGAAAAUAUGUUGCGAACUAGUCUGAAUCGGGCUCAGCUGAAUAACGGAAUUGUUUUCGAGUGUCGUUCAACCCCCAACACAUAUCUGGGAAAGGAAACACAUUUCACGAUACAACUGGGAGAUUUGCGUGGAUUCGAACGGCUUGAUCGUGACAAGAAGUUGGCAUUUUUUCUCCAUGGCUGGAACGAUGAGGGCAGCAAAGAAUGGGUACUCGAAAUGUUAUUUACCUGGACACGAUAUCAGCCCGACUAUACGGUGUGCGUAGUGGAUUGGGGUAAUUUAUCACAAGUGGAUUAUAAGUCGGCGUCAAUGUCUAUAUUUGAUGUUGGUUUGACGGUGGCAGCAAUUGUGGAAUUUUUGGAAAAUUUCUAUCCCAGACAUAUGUCGAGAAAGAAUGUAACAAUUGCUGGUUACAGUUUGGGAGCUCAUGCGGCCGGAUAUGCGGGAUCAGUUCUCAAAGGUGAAAUUGAACAAAUCAUUGGCCUGGAUCCGGCUGGACCGUUGUUCACUCUACCGGCUGUUGUAUCAACUGAUUAUCGUCUCGAUCCUUCCGAUGCACAAUUUGUUCAGGUUCUACACACAUCCGGUGGUACAUUGGGAGUUGGUGUAAAGUCGGGUCAUGCCGAUUUCUAUCCAAACGGUGGAACAGCACCACAACGGAAUUGCAAUUCAUUUUUUCAAUUGCAAGAUAUGCAAAAUACAAAUCCCAUUUCCUGCAGUCAUUCAACAGCUGCAGUAUUCUUUAAGCAAUCGAUGAAUCCCAGCUAUGUUUUUAUGGGCUAUCACUGUGACAGUUAUUCGAGCUAUACGAGAGGUUGGUGUUCGAAAAACCGUUAUGGACGUUUUGGAAUACAUUCCCAGAAAAUGUCACGUGGCGAUUUUUAUUUCGAUACCCUACCUCAGAAACCAUAUGUAGAGCCAAAGACAAGAACCCGCCAUCGAAUAAAUUACAAUAGGUUUCGUUUUGGCUGAUGUGAUUAAAUUUAAUUAGCUUAAUAUAAUUUUUUUUGUUACUUUAAGAGCAU